AUGAAAGAAAAGGAUUUCAUUGCACCAAAAGAUCGUUUGCAUGAUGACUAUGUCACUUCAAGACCAAUGAAAGAGUGGCAUAACAUAGAUUCUUAUGUCACCAAGUUACUGGAGAAUAAUCCAGGGUUAUCAGAAAAUGAUUGUUUCGCAAUCUGUUGCCGGAGCUUGAGUUCGUUAUCAAAUCAGGUUUCGGAUUGGCCAAACAGUGUCUCUAAAUACGCCUCCACGUUACUUUCAAAAUGGAAGGGACCCGAAAAACAACACUGGCUUGAGCUCGCAAAAAAAGCCAUUCAGCGUAAACGUGACGAUGAGAUGAUUUCAUCUAACAACGCUGAAAUUCAACAGAAAAAAAUUAUCCAACAUCAACGAACCAUGGUUUCUGCUAUUAACUUAGUCACCGAAGAAAUCGAUGAACUAGCACCACGUAAACGUCAACGUGGACAAGAGCCACAAACACCAGAAAAUAAGGAAGGAGAGCCUUUGAAUGGGAUGGCACUCAGGAAAACAAAAAAGAUUUGUUACACUGAAUUCUCAAGUCCAGGUUUAUCAGAUUUAGAGGAUGUAGAAAGCACACCAUGUCCGACAACUCGUUCAGUCACACGUACUUUAAUGGUGACGCCUAAUAAGCCCAUUAUUACGAAAGCAACAUAUGAUGAAUAUUCUGCACAUAUAAUUUGUGUUUUUAAUACAACGAUACAUCUUGUCAAGAAAACAAUUGGAGAACAAGACUAUGAAAAAGUUAAAACUAUACUUCAAAUGGGGAACAAAUUGGUCAUGAAAGAUUCAAUAACAAAGAUUGACGAUAAUCAAACAACGGAUGAGGAUAGGUUUAUAUUCUUCAUACGAUAUGCAUUACCAGACUUUGUCUCAAAGUUUAAGUUUUUGAUGCCAAAAGUCAUGGACCGCGACAUGCUAGAACGAUCUUAUAUCAUCGAAGUCCUGUCACCAAUUCUCCUCGCAUUUCGCAAAGCGUUUCCUGAUGUAAAGUAUAUGUGGGUAGAGAAGGAUGUGAGAUCAAUCAAAGAAGCAAACGUUAUGUUUAUGGGUAAUAUUGGAGAACGAAAGACAGAUUUACUCAUUCUCAGGUUAUCUGACGCAAGAGAACUUUUGAAUGUUGAAGUUUCUGGACCUCCGUAUAGAUCCACAAAAAAACAUACUGUUGGUGACGUAAAAAAACUAUUAGUAAUGGCUAUCUGCAGUCUAUGUCGACUCCUUGGCAACAACCUUGAUUGCAACAUUGAGGAUGCUAAAAAUGUUAAAACCUAUAGCAUUCAGGUUAUAGGAGACCGACUUACAUUGUUUGCUGUUUCUCUAGCAGACAAAAGAAAGUAUUUGGCUGUUGAAUUGGCCUCUUUUAUUCGAAAUGAAUUUGUGGAACAAGAAAUAUUACAAAGGAAAAUCCGUUCCUUUAUUCCAACUGACAAUUGUUCUGAAAAUUUAAGAGAGUGGUUACAUCUACCGGAUGAUGACAUUUCACUUGCGACAGAAGAUAUGGACGAAAUCUUUCUGUGA